UCAAAUAUGUCUGCGCCCAGGGCAAUGGUAAAUAUUACAUCUAUUUUGCCAGGUUGGCGAUAACUUUGGAAAGUAACCUUGAAAUGUUUUAGUGGAGUUUUAUAGGAACAAUUACAUGCAAACCAUGUUUUCUGGCAAAAAGCAAAUUGCCAUUUUGCUUUGGCUCAUAACUAUUUACAUAAUUGGAAUUCUUAUAUUUACGAAAGGAUUCCUCCUAAAGCGAGUUGUUAUAAACAACAACAGUAGCUGUGAUGUGGAUUUUUCUUUGAACACAGAUGAUCAUGAGGAAGAAGGUUGCUGGAUGCACAAGAGAUUCAAGAAAGCAGUAAUAAUUAUAAUUGAUGCAUUGAAAUAUGACUUUCUGAAGUUCGACGAAUCAUACAAAUUAAAUGAUACAGUGCCACAUUUUAAGAAUAAACUUCCAUUUAUUCAGAAUUUAUUAUACAGAAGUCCUAAAAAUGCCAUGUUGUCAAAGUUUAUGGCAGACCCACCUACAACUACUUUGCAGAGAUUGAAAGGGCUAACGACAGGAAGUCUGCCAACAUUUGUUGAUGCAGGGUCUAAUUUUGCAAGUUCUGAGAUAAUGGAAGAUAAUAUAAUUGAUCAGAUGGUAACAGCAGGAAAAAAGAUAAAAUUUCUUGGGGAUGAUACCUGGCUUGGUCUAUAUCCUGGUAGAUUUUUUAAAUGGUUCCCGUUUCCAUCUUUUAAUGUUAAAGAUCUGCAUACAGUUGACAAUGGCAUAUUGAAACACCUCUUGCCCGAACUUAAACUUAAUGACUGGGAUGUUUUUAUAGCUCAUUUUCUUGGAGUAGAUCAUUGUGGUCACAGAUUUGGACCAAACCACCCAGCAAUGUCAGAAAAAUUAUUGCAAAUGAAUAGUAUGAUAAGGAAUGUAACUAAAGUAUUAGAUAAAGAUACAGUAUUAUUUGUAUUUGGUGAUCAUGGUAUGACAAGAACAGGAGAUCAUGGUGGAGACAGCACUGAUGAAUUAGAAGCAGGGUUAUUUAUCUAUAGUCCAGAGAUUCUUACUGCUACAAUGCCAAAGAUGGAUACUAGAGUGUUAGCACAGACAGACCUAGUGCCUACUCUAUCUCUUUUGCUGGGUGUUCCAAUACCAUAUUCUAACCUUGGAAUGGCCAUACCUGAACUAUUCAAUCAUUGUCCUUGGUCCAAAACAGCUACAAGUGAAAUGAGACAAGUCUAUCAUGUGGUCAAGGCAUUAAGAUUAAAUGCUCAUCAAGUUAGACAGUUUCUGAAAAGUUACUAUGAAAUCUCAACAGAAUUUCCUCAACAGACCUACAGGGAAUUGGAAAAUUUGUUUGAACAUGCCGAAAGUGAUCUUCAGAAACUUCUGACGGCUAUGGUAACCGAGGGUGAGACGGGCAGUGUUCUGACCAAAAUGAUUUACCUUAGAGAGCACUAUGAAAAAUAUAUUGAAGGUUCAAGAGAAAUGUGUCAAAAGAUCUGGGCCAAGUUUGAUUUAGUGUCAAUAUCGUUAGGAUUAAUUGUGAUGUUUUUAAGUAUUUUGAUUAAUUUGUACUUUUAUUUAGCUCACAAGAAAGAAGAAUCAAUAUCACCAAUUUCUGCAUCUGUCAUGAUAGCAAGUAGUGUCAUAGUAGGCUAUGCUUUCCUUCAAGCUUUUUAUAUUGGUGAUUUCAUGAAUCCAUUCAUGGUUUAUCUCUUUAGUUUAGUACUGAUUGUGACAUUUUUGAUUUUAAUUAAAAAGAAUAUUAAAUUAACAGAGAAAUCAAAGGGUGAAAGGCAUGCCACUUUCAAAUUGCCUUCUUUUGAUAAUAUCAUUGCCACUUUCAUUUUAUUUUGUUAUACGGCGGGUUAUUUUUCAAAUAGUUUUGUUGUUUUUGAGGACACAGUUACUCUGUUUUUUGCACAAUCACUCAUCUGGCUUCAUGGAAUUAAAACCUAUAUAUCAAACAAUAGAAAUACCAAAGAUCAAAAAAGUGAAAUGACAUUUGUGAGGCACAAAAAACAAAAGUUUGAUAUUUUUGAAAAAUUAAGUCAUUCAAACUUCAUUAUUCUGUAUGUGUUGCUGACCUGCAGUUUAUUAUUUAGACUGUUAACUAAUUUUCGAGUGUGUCGAGAGGAACAGAUGCCCUGCAAUGAAACCAUGUUUCUUCAACCACUUACAAACUUUACGCAAGAAGAAUCUGGACAGAAAAAUAUGAGAUAUUUUGUGUCACUAGCGUGUUUGGGAUUGUUUGUUUACAUGUCAAGAGUGUGGAUGAAACAUUAUGGUAAUUUAAAUGGAGAUACAGCAACAGUUUUAUGUGCAAAAUAUCUCUUACCCUUUGCAACUGUUUGUGUUGGACUUCAUUGGGCUAUUCAAGCCCUCCCUCCAGCUGUACUUGAUUCUCUGCCCAGUUGGCAACAAGUCAUGAUGGCACAAAUUGUUUAUAUUUCUGUAAUAUCAUUAAUCAUCUGUAUUCUUAUCAACCCAUUGUGUCUUUAUGUGCUGUAUGUGAACAGAGAUAAUCCAUUAUCUGUACCAAAUAUGGGAUUUUCAAGCCCACAAAUUAUUCCACAAGUGUUUAACCAAUUGAAAGAACAGUUGUCAAGUAAUGGACAAGCUAAAGAUGAAAGACCACCAGUUGUGUAUGGAUUGGGUACUGUGUAUACGUCCAGUGUAUUGUAUGUUGUGACAUCUAUAGGUGUUUUACUGUUUCUUCUACUCGGUGAUGGAUUGUCCCCCUCCAUAUUUCUGGCAUCAGUUUCAGUUUUUCUUUUUAUAGAGAUUUACUCUGCUGAUCUUUCAAAUGGAGCUAAAGAUUCAGAUAUAACAACAGUCAAUUGGUCUGCUGUAGUUACACUUGGUAUGUUGACAUCACACUUCUUUUAUGGAACAGGACAUCAAGCUACCAUUCCUUCAUUACAGUGGAAUGCAGCCUUUACUGGUUUCUAUGGUGAUUUCAAUAACAACAUAUUACCAGCCAUUCUCAUGACCUUCAAUACCUUUGCAUCAAAUAUUUUUAUGGGUUUAGUUUGUCCACUGCUUGUAUUUUGGCCAAAGUUGUACACAAGAUUAAAUUCACUUAUGUGUAAAAAAACACAUGUUAAGGAAAAAGGGAAGUGGCAGGGAGAUUUUGUAUUUUUCAAUGAUGGUGAAAAGCUUAGACAGGUUUUCUACCAGUUGAGUUUAGCUGUUCUCUUAUUUUCAAGCAUCAAGCUAUUUGGAGCAAUGGGAGCAGCAGGUUUACACAGACGUCAUCUAAUGGUAUGGAAAAUAUUUGCACCAAGGUUUAUAUUUGAGGCAGUUGGAACCAUUGUUUCAUUUACAGUAUCAUUUUUGAUGUAUUUAUUUGUCAUGCGCAUUGAUAAUUCUCUUAGCAAAUUUGUUAAAGAAUUCUAAAAAAUACAAUAUCCAUGCAUUGAAUGUAUAUUAUGAAUCUCUUAUUUUGCUACGUAUCACAACAACAUGUACCAUGUAAUAUUUCUACUCUUGUAAUAACAAUUUGCAUUAUAUUUUUUCAUCAGUAUUUAUUUCAAUGGUCAUGCUGUCAUGGUAAAAUUAACCAAAACUAGAUAGUAUUUGUGUACAUACAGUACAAUGAGUACAGCCUCAUUCUACAUGCCCUAUUUUCUGUGUAUAAUUGGUGGAUCAUCUGCUGUUGAUGCCAAAGGAUCAAAUUUUUGUCAGCUAAUUCUAUACAGUUAUGUUUUCUUUCUUAAUUAUCUGAAUUUCAUCUACAUGUAUACAAUUACAGUUCUCACUAAAAGAUCAGCUAAUCAACACAAAUCGAUGGUCUGAUCUUGUGCAAAUAAUGAGACAUAUACAAUGUGGCUGUGGUACUAUUAUACAUUAGUACUUUAAGAUAACUAUGGUACCAAAGUUUAUUUAAUGGUAAAUUUUUAUAAAAUUGAUUUUAUACCAUUGAUUAAAUGCAAAUAUAUAUAUAUAAUUUUUUUACACAGUUCAUAAUAAGGAAA